UAAAUCACUAGUUUAAUUACGACUUUAUUAAUUUUCACAUAAUGCGUGUCUCUUGCCUUCUACUGUUCGCGUGUACAUUAGCUCUGGCUCAGGCCGGCACCUGGCGCCAAUCGCAAGAUUACAUUUCGAGCGAUGAAGCCAGACCCAGCUGGACUCAUAGACACUCUGAAAUAUGGCCCUGUGAUGUGGCUGAUUAUCCGGAAGCCUAUUUACUCAUACACAAAGUUGAGAAGCGUUUAGAACGUAUGGACAACGAGCAGCUGAAAAGCAGAAUUGUGGACUAUGUCGUUGGCGAGCUGAGGGACUGCAAAACAGGAAAUGACAUGGACGAACACUGUGUUAAGCGUUCCAUUGGUUAUGCCAUGUCCUUCAUCAAUCGCCACAAAAAACAGCAGCUGUAAUGAUCAUUAGCAAAACGUCUUAUAUAUCAAAAUAAAUGACUACAAAAUAAAGAAAGCAAAA